CUAUGAUAAGAAAGACAGAAAAUUGACGUGGUGGUUCCAGCUAGCUUAAGUUUUUCCUCCUGGCUAGCCCCAUGAUGUGACCUCCAUAUCUCUCCAGUACUCCCAAUUUUCUUCUCUCCCUCUAGCAGUGCUACCCCCUUCAAUAAUACCUUCCCUUUCUCUGCACUCCCAAAAACCCUUCACGAGAAACACUAGUAUCAUCAUCAUUAUCAUCAUCAUCAGCCAGCCCUUGAGAUGUCUAGUGAUAAAGGGAAAGAACCGGGAGAAGGAUCGUCGUCGAGAUCCGCGACGCAGCCGAGCAGGUACGAGUCUCAGAAGCGCCGGGACUGGAACACCUUUGGCCAGUACUUGAAGAACCAGAGGCCUCCUGUGCCCUUGUCCCACUGCACUUUCAACCACGUCCUCGACUUCCUCCGGUACCUCGACCAGUUCGGGAAGACCAAGGUUCACUUGCAAGGGUGUGGGUUCUUCGGGCAGCCCGAGCCGCCGGGGCCUUGCACCUGCCCCCUCAGGCAGGCCUGGGGCAGCCUCGACGCGCUCAUCGGCAGGCUGAGGGCUGCUUACGAAGAGAACGGAGGGUUGCCGGAGAGCAAUCCUUUUGCUAGCGGAGCGAUACGCGUUUAUCUGCGCGAAGUGAGGGAUUCCCAAGCUAAGGCGAGGGGAAUCCCUUACAAGAAGAAGAAGAAGAAGAGGAAGAACGCCGCCGACGAAGCCGCCUCCAGCUUUCCUAUGCAGUCAUCUUGAUUCUUGAUUGCUUUUGGACUCUCAAAAAUAAUGGUCCCACAAGAUUUUCAGCUCUUGGCAAGUUCAGUUCAUAUUUGGAGCUCUAUUUCUAUUCGAUCGAUGUUGCUAUAAGUACUCCUCUUGAUCUUUUAUCACGUCUUAUUUAUUUUUUUUCGCUAUAAAACGCAUAAAUAGCUCGAGCACAUUUUAUAUUGCAAUUGUAUAUUACUGCGUGAAGUUGAUGAAUACUGAACCGAGAGUUGAAGUGGGUACGUAAGUACGUUCGUUUCUUUCA